CAACGAUCGCGACCACAACAACAAGACAGAUCUCGUAGCACAAGUCUGCCACAGGAGCACAGAGGCAACGAGGCCAGAUGUCGACUCUCACUGCACCGACCCCUCUCAAGAACAAGCGCAAGGUCUUUCAAGACGACUUUACUCCGCGCUCAAGUCACGUCGACAAAAAGAUGAUCCCAGGCACGCCGGGCUAUUCAAGUACAACCGAUCCCGUCGAUGCUGGCAAGGACUCCUUCGUACACGAUGAGGCUCAAAAGGAGAAUAUUGCGCAUCAGCGUACAGAAGACGCGGAUGUCGCGACGCCCAUCAAAAUCAAGGCCACACCAGCCGUGAAGAGCGUGUCGCGUCAUGCUUCCGAUGUAGGCAAGCCUGCUUUGUCGGAACGCGGCUCUAGUGAAGACAAUCAUGCGGAUGCGUCACCUCAGAAGUCUAUGUCUACAACACAAUUCGAUGGCUCUGCUUCAACAACGAGUAUGUUAUCACAGCCAGAUUUUUCAGCCUCUGUGUUGCAACACGCAUCGAGCUUCACUGAAGAUCCAAAGGAGCUUGACGCGCCUGAAGCGGAUGAGCCUGACGCCGUACCAGAACAAACACCUGCGUCGCCGGAAUCCGCAACGGAGGGCGAUGAGUCCCAAGUCACAGCGACACCACGCGCCUCUCGCUCACCCGUCCCAUCAAGACUGCGUUCACCCUCGCCUCAUAAAUCAGACGCACGACCGCAAUCGCCGACUCGAACACCGCGCUUGCUGCGUGAUUUCCCACUUCCACUCACAACACCCCGAAAUCUCGUUGAAGCAGCUUUACAAGGGAGAGGUCAGCAUCCCAUUCAACAAUUACAGAUGCAGCAUCAUGCUGAACAAGCACGUCUCAACUCACAACAAAACACACCUGUACGGACACAAGAGACUGCACCAGCUACAGAAGACUUACUUUCCUUCCAAACCCCAGCUCCGAAAAGCACAAGAAAGUUACCAGCGGAUUUAGAUCUGAUGGGCGAAGCGACGCUCGGCGCACCUGCCUCCGCCGUCCUACAACGUUUCAAAACGGCAGAUGGUGAAGAAAUGCUCCUGGACAUGACACCACGCGUCUACUCACCACGUUCAAUUCCGUUGUAUACGUUAGAUGACAUGGAGAUGUUGAAACGCGAAUUUGGUGAUGCUCAACGGAUGCUAGAGGAGAAGAUUGAGAGUCUACAUGGUCAACUUGCUGCCAGUGUGUCGCAUGCCAAUCAUCACGCUGCAUUGACAACACAGGCGGAUUCACUACAUAUGCAGUACUCAAAAAAGCAUGUUCGCAAGGUCACUGCGCUGAAACAAGAUUGGGAUCGAAAAAUGACGGAACGACUGGCACGGCAACGAUCAGAGAUGGAACAGGAGCGGGAAGAAUUACAACGGCUUCUCAAGGAACGUGAUGAGCAGCUUGAGACACUGACGCAGCAGUUGGCGCAGGAACGGCUGGAGAAGAAGGAGGUGAUUGAGAUGGGUGAGCAGAUCCUGGCAAUGGUUGGGAAUACUGCGCCGAGCUAGGCCCUAUAGUCAGUGCAUCUAGUCAUCAAACCGCCCAUGGUCAACUUGUUUAAAGUAUUGAUUGUCUGCUGCUGCUAAAAGGGAAAGAAGAAUGAGAAGGUACUCGAUGCUGGUGCUGUACAAACCAAUUAAUUGUGUGUGCGUGUUUUGUGUUUCUCGAUAAAGUCCUUCGCCACCGCUAGUCCUCAUCUUGU